AUGAUCAUUUCUUUCUUUUUCAACGUCCUUAUUCUCGAUUCUUUCUUUCUUUCUUUCUUUCUUUCUUUCUUUGCGAUUUUUUUCUUUCUUUCUUUCUUUCUUUCUUUCUUUCUUUCUUUCUUUGUGAUUUUUUUCUUUCUUUCUUUCUUUCUUUCUUUCUUUCUUUCUUUCUUUCUUUCUUUCUUUCUUUCUUUUUUCUUUCUUUCUUUCUUUCUUUCUUUCUUUCUUUCUUUCUUUCUUGGUGAUUUUUUUACGCUCUACCUCUAUAUUCUCGAUUCUUUCUUUCUUUGUUUUCUCCGAGGUUUCUUUCUUUCUUUCUUUCUUUCUUUCUUUGUGUUUCUUUCCUCAUUUUCUUCGAUUUUUCUUCUCUUUCCUUCUUUCUCAAUUCACCUUUCUUUCUAUUUAUCGUUCUUUCUUUCCAAAUAUUCUCGAUUCUUUCUCUCUCUCUCUCUGUCGUUUCAUCCUUUCUUUCUUUUCCCACGUGUUGUUUUAUCUUUUCUAUCUAUUCUUUAUCUAUUCUUAUACCUUUUUACAUCUUAUUCCCACUUUUCCAGUUUCCUUCACAAUUUCAUUUUAUUCAUCUUCCUUUUCCUUGUUCUUCAUAAAUAUAUUUCUUCCUCACCUCGCGUCGCGUGGUUUCUUUCAUUCUUAAUCAAUCUCUCUCCUACUUUCCACCUGCUUACUCGAUUUUUUUAUUCCUUUGCCUUCUUCACGUUCUUCCUGUAA